UGAAGUUUCGUUUCAACUGAAAUGCUCCGAAUGUUUGAGGAAACUGAGGAAAGGGAUUGCCCAGAGAAGACAGCUAAAGCCCACCCCCGCACGCAGUGAAGUCGGAUGUUAGCCAUCAGACCGCCCUCUCUUCGGACUAUGACCGCCCUCUCCGUGAUAUUAUUUGAGUCUUCUGCAUCCUUCCAGAUCUUUCUCCUCCUUUCAACAUAAUCUUUUCAGCACCGGACCAUCGUUUCUUCUCACCACAAAGACCAGCAAACUAUGUCAUGUUGAAAGCUGUUUUCAAAGCUGUAAUCAUGAGUGGUUUAUUCUCUUUCGACCCAAUCGAACAAGUUGCUAUCAGGAAAGCUAUAAUAAUGAAAGCAUGUUGCAGCAGCACAGCAGUUAUGCGGAAAUGGUGAAGACAGAAAACAAUGUGUUUGACUGAGAAACCAGUUCAGAGACAAGGAUCUAAAGGAUUUCAGUAAGGCUGAACAAGUCCAAAUGGAGAAUGAAGAGGAAGGCAAACCAGCAGACCUGCCAGAUGAGAUUAAGUAUUGGAAUAAACAUCACGUGAAACAAUGGGCUCUCAACGAGGCUUGUGUGGACGUUGAAUUUGCAGAUAUCUUGCUUCAGCAGAACAUUAAUGGGCCUAGUCUUUUACUUUUAGAGAAAUCUGAUUUACUAGAGGUGGGUGUCACACUGGGGCCUGCAAAGUUGAUCAUUCACAAGAGGGAUGAACAUUUGAAAUUUAAGAAAGAGCAGUUGAGUAGCCCAACAACUAAUCAGUCUGGGAGACCGUGCAAGCCGUACCCUUUUCAUCGACACCAUGAUGCCUGCAGAUACAAGGUGAACAGCGUUCUUGAUGUCACAGAAUCAGGUGCAUCAGACUAUAUCGAACCCUGUCAUGAAUAUAAAGGAUACUACCAUAUGUCAGAGGCAGCUGUGGAGAGCAAAAUGAACAAGUUCACUGAUGAGGUUAUUCGAUUUGCAGCAGCCUGCAUGAAUAGCCGCACUAAUGGCACCAUACAUUUUGGAGUUGGUGACAAGCCAGACUUUGUUCAUGGACAAGUUUUGGGAGUUAGCGUCCUGGACAAAGAGGCAUAUGUCAAUGCUCUGCCACAAGCCAUUGAGGGUCAUUUUGAGCAUAAACAUAUCCAGACAGCCAAGAUGUGCAUCAAACCACCUCGAUUUGUUGAGGUUCUCAAUCCCGAUAUGACAUCAUCAGAGAAGUAUGUGAUAGAAGUGGACAUCGUGCCAGACUUUAUGAUCUGUAAAGAGAACAUCUAUCACGUUUCCAGCUUGGAUACAAGGAAAUCAAAGAGGAAGUCCAAAAGCAAAGAAACAGAGAAAGAGGUGAAAAAACUCUUCUUCAUUCGUGAUCACAGCAGCAGCAGGGAUCUCCUUGCACUAACCACUUUUGCCAAGCCAAUGGAAGAAUACAAUAGGUUUGUCGACGAUGUGUCACAGCUGUCACAGCUAAGAAAACAAGCGGAGGAAAAUCGCCUUAGUGUGGUUAAAAGUAGUGUCCAGGGCUCCAGACUAAGUGAAAUGAUAACAGGUGGAUCCCAAUCCUUAGACAAGUCCCACUUCGAGAGGUAUUUGAUAGUGACCAACAAAUCACAUUUAGUUCAAUUGGAAUCCCUGGGAUUUAUUCCUGAACUGAACCCAACUGCUGUUUUGGACUUUGACCCUGAGUCGACAAAACAUGGAUUGAUGAAGUACUUUGAAGACCAUAGUACAAUAAAUGUCCACUUGCCAGUACAAUAUAAAAUCACAGAGGCUGUCGAGGACAUUGCUAGCAAGCUAAAACUGACUCGAAACACCAGCUGGAUCCUCUGCAAUGGGGAUAUUGAAAGAGAGAUGCCUUCAGAUGUAGAUGACUGGUUAAUAGAGAAAGGAGCGUCUGUACGAAAUAUGAUUUCAUUCUUGUGCCGGAAAGAUGUGCUACCACACAAGAGAUUCCUGGUUAUUUUUAUAUUGCUGUCUACUGUGAGUGAGAAAAUGGACCCUCUACUUGAGACCUUCAGCACAUUCUGGCAGGAGCUCAGAGGAACAGAGCAAAUACUUUGCAUCUGUGAAAAUGAAGAAGGAUUCACUUGCUGGAGGGACCUGAUUGAAGCCCGCUAUGGAUUAGACAUUAAAGCAAGAUCAAUAUAUGAGCUCAGUUUUGCUGAGGUUAAUGGCACCGUCCUCAGCCUGUGGUCAGACAAUCGGAAAUCCAGCCGUUUCCUACCCUGUGGAGGAGGCAGCAAAGUGAUGUUAAAAAAGAAAGAGGAGGACAGCCUGUACAUCCUGAAUAUUCUGUGUGUGAAUCAGUGUGAGGGAGGAAAUGAAGACAAGGCUUGCAUACAGGAGAAGUUCUACAAAGGAGGAAAGGUGUUAUGGUGGAACUUCUAUUUCUCUGAGCAGCCAGAAUCCAUGUCAUUCAUCAAACGGGACAAGUUCGACUACAUCAUGAACACUGUCCUACCAGCUUUGAGCUCUUUGAGAAACGCUUGUGUGUCCUUCAAACUUUUGCAUGUCCCAGGAUGUGGUGGAACUACACUAGCCAUGCAUAUAUUAUGGGCACUGAAAGACAAGUUCCGUUGUGCUGUUCUGAGGGACAGAACCGCUGAUCCUGCUGUUGUUGCCGAGCAGGUGGUCAAGCUACUGAUGUAUGAGACAACAGAACAAUCGUCCCGGAUUCCUGUGUUGCUCAUGCUAGAUGACUUUGAGGAGAUGGAUGACGCAUAUGAUUUGCAGCAGCUCAUUGAGAAGGAAUGUGUCAAGAAGGACAUUGGAUCUAGGUCCCCGCAGGUCAUUCUACUCAAUUGCAUGAGAGCUGAGUCUUGGGAGAAGACUGAAUCAACUGAAGACACUGUGUUCAUUGGCAAUAACCUCUCUGAAAUGGAGCAGAGGCAGUUCGAGAAAAAACUGGAGGAGAUUGAGAAGACCUACAAGAAUGCAGACACAUUCUACGGUUUCAUGAUCAUGAAGAAGAACUUUUCACCCGAGUAUAUCCAGGGUGUGGCUCGCAACACCCUAAAGAGCUUCAACAUAAAUCACAAACAUGCACAACUCAUUGCUGUUCUGGUCUUGUUGAAUGUCUACUGCAAGGGUGCAACACUCUCAGUCUCUCUCUGUGAAGAGUUUCUUGGCCUCCAGACCAAGCCACAUAGUGGAUCCUCCGAUGUUAAGGCUGGAUUUGGGAAGUUUUCCACUCUAGUGACCUGCUGCACAGAGGAGGCUAAGGUUGUAUUCGAGGCAGUGAGAAUGAUCCACUCAAGCAUGGCCGUGUAUUGUUUGCAGGAGCUUACAACAAACAGUGUAACCAAAGCUAAGAUCACUGAUCUACUGCUCACCACAGAUAAGCUCUAUGAUUGCGUACAGGGCAAAGACAAACUCAUGAAGGAUGUUCACACCAUGUUAGUGAAAAGACGUCACUCAGUCAAGGGUGAAGAUUCUCAGUUCUCACCUCUCAUCCAGGAUAUUGCAAAGGAGACACCGGGUGAUGAAGAAAAUGUGCUAUUCAAUGCAGCCAAGCGCUUUGAAAAAGAUGCUAUCAUCUCUCAGCUUUUUGCCAGAUACCAAUACCUGAAGAAAAGGGAUUUCAGGGAGGCAAAGACCUGGGCAAAGAAUGCGAAAGAUCUUUCCAGAGAUAACUCCUACAUUUCUGACACAUCUGCACAAGUGAUCAAGCAUGAGCUAAAGUGUGCAAUACAAAGUGACAAAGAAGGUACCAUGAAGCCUGAUAGCCUCAAAGGCUAUCUUAGAAUGGCCCAGUCAGCAACAGAGGCCUUCCGGGAUACACAGGAAAUUGCAAAGAAGGAGGCUACUCUGAGAGUACAAAACAAGAGAGACAACAGCCCUUUCAACACUGCAGGUUGCCUUGGAGAAAUCCAGGUUGCGGUCAUCAUCAUCGAAAUACUGGGAAAAAGUCCAGUGUUUUCUGCAGGCAAUGUCCGUCAUGAUAUUCUGAGUGAAGUUCUCUCUGGCAGAAUUACAAUCCAAAAUGUUGCGAGGAACGAUUCCAGACGUCACAAACAUGCCUCAUAUUACCGCAUUCUCUGUGAAUUUGAAGAUCUUCUGUACAACCUCAGAAAUAACAUGAAGAGGCACUUUGAUUUUCUUGACAGCUUUCAUGUCAAUUUGGGUUCCAGAUUCACCCUGAAAGACAGUCGAGAGGAAAGAACUCGACAGGAGCUCUUCCGAUGCUUUCAGCUGUACAGUGACCUCUUUUGCAUGAUGGAUUCCACAGAAUUGAUUAAAAACAAGAACCUGAGCAUCAUGCUUCAAAUUCACAAGGCGAGGCAAUUUUUGGAGAUGAGAAAAGCUGAUACUUACUCUGGGAUUCUAAAUUGUCUCUCUAAUGGUACCCAAACUGACAUGAUGGUAAAGACAGUCCGGCAGUAUGACUUCAUUCUGAGUAAAAAUCCUGAAAGGAGUGUUAGAGAAAUGGUCAAUUUCAUCUAUGCCAAUGUUGUGCUAAGCUGUGUCAAACCUGAAUCUCAACUCCUUCGCCCGUAUCAGACCCUCAUUGAUCUUCUUUGCCAAGUUCUUCAAGGUCAAAUCCCGUAUGGUGAGACCUUGGCAUUGCACUUCAUUGCUGUAGCUCUGUUGUGGCCACAACAGAUCUUUGUGUCACAAACUGUGGAGUCUCAGAAGUUGGGAAGCUAUGUGUCACAGAUGAGGACAUCAUUCUGGAACGAGAUGAAAUCUGUGUGGAAUGGAAAGUCGCCUGUUGUCCAUUUCCUUUUGGGGAAGAAACAGGGCUAUGACCGUCUUAUCCACCUUGGAGAACUUGAGAGGUGUGUAAGCCCACAAGAAAACUUUGCUUCGCUCUGGGAAAAUGGCAAAAUAUGGAAGCACGAGAGGGUCAAGGAGCUUCUUUGCAGGGUGACAGGAUGGGUACAAAGAAAAUUAAUUUUGACAGAUACCUGGAGCACAGGCUCAACGAUUGAAGUCAUUCCAAUGUUCAAAAGCCAGCUUUGUGGAAAAUUGGAGGGGGAAAAAGUAUCUUUUGUCAUUGGUUUCUCAAUGAAGGGCCCACUGGCUUACGACAUAUAUUGAACAUCCAGAAGAGCAGAACUGAUGCAAUUCCGGCCUAAGUCUUAAAAAUUGAACAUUGAAUCCUAUUAUAAACCUACUGUUAUUAUUAACUAACACUCACACUUUACCCCCCCCCCCUUUUUAGCUCUGACUUUGCUGAUAGCUACUUUGAGGAAAAAUGUACUAACUAUGACUGAUAUGUGGUUGUCUCAGCUAGCUAUUUUAAGAUGAAUGUACUAACUGUGUCUGCUAAAUGACUAAAAUGUACACUACCGGUCAAAAGUUUUAGAACACCUACUCAUUCAAGGGUUUUUCUUUAUUUUUACUAUUUUCAACAUUGUAAAAUAAUAGUGAAGACAUCAAAACUAUGAAAUAACACAUAUGGAAUCAUGUAGUAACCAAAAAAGUAUUAAACAAAUCAAAAUAUAUUUUAUAUUUGAGAUUCUUCAAAAAGCCACCCUUUGCCUUGAUGACAGCUUUGCACACUCUUGGCAUUCUCUCAACCAGCUUCAUGAGGAAUACUUUUCCAACAGUCUAGAAGGAGUUACCACAUAUGCUGAGCACUUGUUGGCUGCUUUUCCUUCACUCUGCAUUCUGAUGCAGCACUCCAUCACUCUCCUUCUUGGUCAAAUAGCCCUUACACAGCCUGGAGGUGUUGAAAAACAAAUGAUAGUCCCACUAAGCCCUAACCAGAUGGGAUGGCGUAUCGCUGCAGAAUGCUGUGGUAGGCAUGCUGGUUAAGUGUGGCUUGAAUUCUAAAUAAAUCACAGACAGUGUCAUCAGCAAAGCACCCCCACACCAUAACACCUCCUCCUCCAUGCUUUACGGUGGGAAAUGCACAUGCGGAGAUCAUCCGUUCACCCACACCGCGUCUCACAAAGACACAGCGGUUGGAACCAAAAAUAUCCCAUUUGGACUCCAGACCAAAGGACGCAUUUCCACUAGUCUAAUGUCCAUUGCUCAUGUUUCUUGGCCCAAACAUGUCUCUUCUUACUAUUGGUGUCCUUAGUAGUGGUUUCUUUGCAGCAAUUCGACCAUGAAGGCCUGAUUCCCACAGUCUCCUCUGAACAGUGGAUGUUAACAUUUAACAUUUAAGUCAUUUAGCAGACGCUCUUAUCCAGAGCGACUUACAAAUUGGAAAGUUCAUACAUAUUCAUCCUGGUCCCCCCGUGGGGAAUGAACCCACAACCCUGGCGUUGCAAGCGCCAUGCUCUACCAACUGAGCCACACGGGACCACAUGUUGAGAUGUGUCUGUUACUUGAACUCUGUGAAGCAGUUAUUUGGGCUGCAAUUUCUGAGAUUGGUAACUCUAAUGUACGUAUCUUCUGCGGCAGAGGUAACUCUGAGUCUUCCUUUCCUGUAGUGGUCUUCAUGAGAGCCAGUUUCAUCAUGGCGCUUGAUGGUUUUUGCGACUGCACUUGAAGAAACUUUCAAAGUUCUUGAAAUUUUCCAUAUUGACUCAUCUUCAUGUCUUAAAGUAAUGAUGGACUGUCGUUUUCUUUGCUUAUUUGAGCUGUUCUUGCCAUAAUAUGGACGUGGUCUUUUACCAAAUAGGGCUAUCUUCUGUAUACCACCCCUAUCUUGUCACAACACAACUGAUGGUCUCAAACUCAUUAAGAACUUUUUGGUUUCUACAUGAUUCCAUAUGUGUUAUUUCAUAGUUUUGAUGUCUUCACUAUUAUUCUACAAUGUAGAAAAUAGUAAAAAUAAAGAAAAACCCUUGAAUGAUUAGGUGUUCUAAAACUUUUGGUUUUUAUCAGAUUGUUGCAAUGUUAUAUCUCUAGCAAAGACUCCAGGAUCUAUUUCUUUCAAGCACAAUAAUAUUUAGGUUUAAAAUUGAGUAAGGAAAUAUUACUAUUUUACCAUUUACUAUUACUACUAAUAAUAGUAUACUGUAGUAUACUGUUCCAAUUUCAUUUGACUGUUUGUACUGUUUUGCUGUUUUUCUUUGGUUUUACCAUUUACUGUUAGUACUAUAUGCAUUCCAAGUUUGAUUUACUGUUUGUACAGUGCUACUGUUUAUAUUUCCUUUUACAAUUAGUUUUACCAUUUAGUAUAUGCAUUCCAAUUUUAUUUGAUUGUUUUACUGUUUGUUUUUAAAGUGAUAUUGAUAUAAUUGUUUGAUGUUUAUAUGUGCAGUGCAGCUAUCCAGUUAAACAUUUUCAUUCAUGUGUUUAGAAAUGCACUGAUGUUUGUAAAAAAUAUUAUUUGUUAAAAUAUCUCCAAAGCACUCAAUAUCAUAAUCAUGUAGUAAAUACUCCAAUCAUGUUUCCUGAAUAAAAAUUAUAUUUACUUA